UCCAUGACCUCCUAAUUUCCAGGCGAUAAAUUUAUUUUUCUGUUUUCAUAAGUUUAAUACUCUCUUCCUUCUUUGGAAUCGUCGUUUGAUUCUCGAUCCUCCGGGUGGGGUAGGUGACAUUAGCUCCACUAUAUAAGGAGCCAACCACAGAUUUUCGUCAAGCCAACUCUCUCUUUUUCUGCAUCUGUGUCUUAUUCUAUCUAUUCCACCAUGUCUCUCCUCGCUGAUCUCCAGAACAUCAACCUCAGUGACUCCACGGAGAAGAUUAUCGCCGAAUACAUAUGGAUCGGCGGAUCCGGAAAUGAUUUGAGGAGUAAAGCAAGGACCCUCUCCGGUCCGGUCACUGGCCCAGCGCAACUGCCGAAGUGGAACUACGAUGGAUCCAGCACCGGCCAGGCUCCCGGCGAAGACAGUGAAGUCAUUUUAUACCCUCAGGCGAUCUUUAAGGAUCCCUUCAGAGGAGGAGACAAUAUUCUGGUCAUGUGCGAUGCCUACACUCCAGGGGGCGAACCAAUCCCGACAAACAAGAGAUUCAAUGCUGCCAAGAUUUUUAGCCAUCCUGAAGUUACCGCCGAGGAGCCUUGGUAUGGCAUUGAGCAAGAAUAUACUCUUCUUCAGAAGGACGUCAACUGGCCGCUUGGAUGGCCAGUUGGCGGCUUCCCUGGCCCUCAGGGGCCAUACUACUGUGGAAUUGGGGCUGACAAGGCCUUUGGUCGUGACAUAGUAGAUGCUCACUACAAGGCAUGCCUGUAUGCUGGAAUCAACAUUUCUGGAAUCAAUGGAGAGGUCAUGCCUGGGCAGUGGGAAUUCCAAGUUGGGCCUGCAGUUGGGAUCUCUGCUGGUGAUGAAUUAUGGGUUGCCCGGUACAUUCUGGAGAGGAUUACAGAAAUCGCUGGAGUUGUCGUUUCAUUCGACCCAAAACCUAUCAAGGGAGACUGGAAUGGUGCUGGAGCUCACACCAACUAUAGCACGAAAUCCAUGAGGAAUACUGGUGGAUAUGAUGUGAUUAAAAAGGCAAUUGAAAAGUUGGGUUUGCGCCACAAGGAGCAUAUUUCAGCUUAUGGAGAGGGUAAUGAGAGAAGAUUGACUGGUCGCCAUGAAACAGCUGACAUCAACACUUUCUGUUGGGGUGUUGCCAACAGAGGUGCCUCUAUCCGUGUUGGCCGUGACACUGAAAAGGAAGGAAAAGGUUACUUUGAAGACAGAAGACCUGCUUCCAACAUGGAUCCAUACGUUGUCACUUCCAUGAUCGCCGAGACCACCAUCCUCUGGAAGCCUUAGAAAGGAAAGUGGAAUAUAGAAAUUGAUUGAAGGAAAACCAGUAUGGUCAGAUUUCUAUAAAUAAUUGUGUUAAUUCCUAUUUCUGCUGCUUUGAAUUGAUGGGUUGCUUGUCAAACUUGGGUUUCCUUUUGGCUUUGGUGGAAAGUUCUCAUCUGUGGAACUCUCUGUUUAAAGUACUGCUAUAUUCUGCCUUUGAAUAUUGACGUUAUGAAGUGGUAUGUAUGCCUUCUCAAUUCAUGUUUUGAUUCA